CGAUGAUCACAAUGAUGAUGAUAAGGGAUGCUCCGGAGGAUGAUGGUGAUUUUGAUACUGACGAGGGAUGCUUGUAACCAUGAUGAUGAUGAUGAUGAUGAUGACGUUGAUGAUGAUGAUGAUGAUAAUGAUGGUGGUGGUGAUGAUGAUGAUGAUGAUAAUGAUGGUGGUGGUGAUGAUGAUGAUGAUGAUGAUGAUGGGGAGCCUCUGAUGCAGUUGGUCGCAGUGGAUUGGUUCAAGGCAGAUGUGCGGAUUGACCACCUUGCGAGGAGAAAAGGGAAUGUUGUCCAGGUAGCGCGUGGAAUGAAGGGCUUUGUUCUUGUAAUUAACCUGCAGGUCCCUGCAGCGCAACAUUACAGCAUGGUCUUUUAUUAUGUACCAAUAGAACCGAUCAAGCAUGGGACUCUAUUACAUCGGUUCAUUGAGGGUGAUGCCAGCUUCAGAAACAACCGUCUAAAGCUCAUACCAAGCGUUGCCAAGGGAUCUUGGCUCGUUAGGCAGAGUGUCGGCACGACCCCCUGCAUUGUCGGAAAGGCGCUUGAAUGCACCUAUCAUCGGGGAGAGAACUACUUGGAGAUUGAUGUGGACAUUGGGUCAUCGGUUGUGGCAAAUGGCGUACUAUCUCUGGUCUUCAGCUUCAUCACAUCGCUCGUGGUUGACAUGGGGUUUGUUAUACAGGGAAACACGGAGGAAGAACUCCCAGAGCAGCUAUUUGGGACGGUUAGGGUCUCAAAAGUGGAGCUCAGUUCUGCCGUCGCUCCCCCCCCGGCAGAUGAUGCAGGCCCAACGGAGAAUGGAUACAGCGCGGUCGAAACACUGUCACAGGGAUCUUGCGAUCAGCAAGGUAAGCUUUGCGACUUUGAGCAUGCAAGUGUAGUUGUUCGGUGGUGUUGCCGCCUUCAACAGAUUUUGUCGUUGCUGCCAUGUUCUGGUUUUCCGGCGGUUCUGAGCCCUUCCCUUGUCUUUGCUGUCGCUUAUCCUUCAGUUCGACGAAUCACUGAAUUCAUUCAUCGAUGGAAGUGCAUGCAUCUGACUGCAAUUAUGUGCUGUAAGAAUGAAUAUGGGAUCAUCGAUUGGGUUGGUAUGUUUCACUGGCAGUCCGAUGAAGAAAGCCCAGCACGUGGAAUCUCGAAGUCGUUAUACUUUGGGUAUACCUCGACAAUAGGGGAAACACGGCAACGACGGAGAUUGUCUUCUGCAAAAGGUGGAUUUGGCAGUCUCAGAGGGAUGUCUCGUAUCCACGACUCAACGAUCUACACGACUCAACGAUUUGCACGACUCAACGAUCUACAUGCAUUUGGACGCUUUCUGGACUAGGUGCAUUUGGAGGAGUCCAGCAAUUUGAAUGUAUCGGGACAAGACCGAGGUCCAGAAACGAAUAGCAAUGUCUAGUGGUGCCAGGCCCAUGUCUCAUACCCGAUGAUGCGGACGUGAAGAGAGCAAGUUUCGUCGUACGAGGACCGGUUUCUUAUUCAUGAAUCAAGGGAGAGAACUCAGGAGAGGUGAGAAUGCUGCAGGGUUGUCCAUUUUCGAGAGCAAGCUUCGUCGUACGUAGACCUGUUUCUUAUUCAUGAAGCUAAUGGGUGAAAGGUUGGUCGGUCUAUUUUCGAGGUGGCGAAAUCCAGAAGGGCGCCGAUCGUCAAGAGAGAUGGUUUUGAGGCGUUUUGAAGUUCUCAAGGGCUACAAAAAUAUUGUAACGUCCUGGGCGAAACACAUUUUAGCGUUCAGAGGUGCUGCUGAAGAGAGGUCCGAAAAAAGCGUCCGAUGAAAGUCCUCGCGUGGUGGAUUAAGCAACACACACAUACUAUUGCCGAAGACGAGCCCGUUGUGGAUGGUUGGCAACUGAACCUCCCACCACUAGACAGGAAUAUCUUAAGUGAUGUCGACAACUCUCUCCUUCUUGGGUAGCAGGUGUUGCUGCAGAGUCUCUCUCUCCGUUUCAUGUGCGCCAGCAGCAGCAUGUGAUCGCCGAGUGCCAGCAGCAGCAUGUGAUCGCCGAGCGCCAGCAGCAGCAUGUGAUCGCCGAGCGCCAGCAGCAGCAUGUGAUCGCCGAGCGCCAGCCGCAGCAUGUGAUCGCCGAGCGCCAGCAGCAGCAUGUGAUCGCCGAGUUGGAGUAUCUCUGCAGAGGUGGGGCACUCUGCUGCUACUGUCUGUCCCUGAUGAAUGUUGAUGAGCUUGCGAUUCCCCCUUCGACAGAGUGCUGAUCAGAGAAUGCCAGUGUCAGUUCAUGACAGGUCACCAGUGGGAAUCUUCAGCACAGGUUACCAACUGUUUCUUGUGUGCUCCGGAAUGGGCUACGGUGUAAGUUUCUACUGUGCUCCAGGAACCGGUAAAGGGUGCAGUGUUUACUGCAAACGCUAGCUAGUUUUCUAGCGGGAGUAAGGAUGUGGUCGGGGAGGGUUGAUCGUGGGUGUAGUUUUUUUGUCGGCACCGGAUUUCUGAGUAGAUCAUUAAAAAUGAAUGUUAGAGGAGCAA